UGGAAAGUUUUUCUUUUAUUUUGGAUUUUAAUAAACAUUACUGAAUUAUGAUAUUCAAAUCACUGUUCUGAUUUGGUAGAUCAGGAUGUUAGCAGCAUUGAAAGCUGAAAUAGCUGCUAAAAAGCAACAGCUGCGGGACUCAGGUGUUUUGGAAGAAGGUCAAAACUAUUUUAAGCGAGCCAAGCUUAACAAUGAUGAUGUCCAACAGCAGAGCAAAGACCAAGACUCUGGAGAAGGUUCCAGUCGGGGCCUCUCAUGCUCCAUCAGCACAUCCAGCAAUGGAGAAUCGCCAACAAAAGAUGCCUUGGGAUCUGAUGCAGGGCCAGAGUUAGCAAGGGCCGAGGUGGUGCGGCGACUGAGAGAGCGUGAAGAACCUAUCAGACUUUUUGGAGAGACUGACAAUCUUGCUUUCCGUAGACUGAGGAAAUUGGAAAUUAUUGAGCCUGAAAUUAACAGAGGACUUCGGAAUGAUUUCCAAGAGGCUAUGAACAAUGUAGACAAAGCUUAUUUACAAGAACUUUUAAAAUAUCAAGAAAAAGAUGGUAAAAAUAAAGAUGUGCAUCUUGGUCAAGCUGAGCUCACCAUGGAAGAUUUGGUUGAACUUGCCAAAAGUUUGUCAAAAGAUAAGAACAGCAUAGAGGUGAGUUGCAAGCUUGUCAUGCAAUUUGUUGAAUUAAUCCUCCAAAUUUGGGGCAAAAAAUUGAACAGUAGGCCUGAUUCUGAAAAGAUGAGUGUUCUGGGGAAGAAAGAAGCUGCUACCUACAACCAAACUCGCAGUUACCUGAAACCUCUCACAAAAAGGCUAAAAAAACGCACUUUACCUGAAGACAUCUUAGAGUGCCUGGUGGAAAUUGUACAGCACUGCCUGGAGCGCAACUAUGUGGGAGCCAACGAUGCUUACCUAACUAUGGCAAUCGGUAACGCCCCUUGGCCCAUUGGUGUUACUAUGGUGGGUAUUCAUGCCCGUACAGGUCGUGAGAAAAUUUUCAGUAAACACGUCGCACAUGUACUUAACGAUGAAACGCAGAGGAAGUACAUCCAGGGCUUGAAGAGAUUGAUAACCAAAUGCCAGGAGUACUACACUACAGUCCCGUCUCGGUGCGUCGAGUACAAAGCUGUACCUUUUUAAGCACGUUUAUUUUCGGUGUGUACAGCGAGUAACGCUUUGUUGUAGAUAUAUGUACAUGGAAUUUAACAGUUACACUAGUUUCCUAAUACCAGAUGUAGUUUAGGUGAUAAAGUAUGAGAAUCACUGAUUAUAGAAUGAACUUAAUAAUAGCAUUAACCAUUUGAAUCUGAUGAAUUAAGAACCAUACGAAUCGACUUCAUUGGAGAAGCCAAUGGCCAUAGAUAGUUUAGUUAAUCAAUAAACAUUCCUUAUUUGUAAUGUUUGUGAAUAAAUUACCUGCUGAUGACCUUAAACAGGCUUUCACUUUAUCUCAAGUACCUAUUUAUUUAGGUUCAUCAUUGAGUGACAAACGAUAUGCGAGUAAUAAAUUAUCAAUUUUAAUAUCUGUGUUCAGUUCUUGCCGUAUGCAAUACAUUUCGGGGCUGCUUGAACAGACUCUUGAAGUGUUUGUAAAAUAUGACCUCAAUGCUCGGUUAUUAUUUACUAAAAGACUACUAACUCCUAUUCUGACCAGUAUAUUUGUGAUAAAAUUUAACAGGCGUAAAAAUGACUAAUUAUAAAAAAAUAAAUUUUGUAUUUGGACAAAAAAGGCUUAAGUUAUAACAGUAAGAAAUAGCAUUUAAAUUGUUCAGGGUUAUGAAAACUUGUGAUUCUAUCUUAUAACUUUCACUUAUUCUUUCCUAAUUGUUAAAAUACUAAUUUUAAAGAAAUAGACAGACGGGAGUAAUUUUAACAAAUUCUGAUGAAUUUCACAAAUUCUAGUUUUUUUGGCGCUAAUUAACAGUUGUAACAAUUCAUUGAUUUUUUCCUGCCUCAUCGUGGGAGCAAGUACAGCCUUGUCAUAAACGUGAUUAAUGUAUUCAGAGAUCCAAUCGCUCUUAGCUACUUAGAUGCAAGUAAAUAACAAUAUAGCAACGCCUUUAUCAACGUUACAGUAGCAGUUUACUAAUACUAGUGGUUCAAUAAUAUGAGUGAGCGUGCAUUGCAUAUUUUUUCAAGUGAAUACCCGGAUUAUUAUGCGUACAUAAAGUAUCAACUAAUUCAACUUUAAUAUUCACAAAUUUCAAGGGCAUGUUCAUCUGAAGCCACGUAGACGAAUUUUUGAAUAGCCAGAACACUAGUACUAUAUAAAAUACAUAAUAUAGUCAUAUAGAUAACAGUAUUGAUUAACUAAUUAGAUGUUUUGGGAACGAGAUCAAUAAAUCAGUUUUUUUCAGUUAUCAUUUAGAAAAUAACAAUUACUUAAAGGUUUACAAUUGCACGUUAUUUAACAUGGAAUGAUCCGGCUCCAA